CCAGGCUAUGCUACAGUGACAGACAGUAGCUCCAGUCCAGAGCGACCUGUCAAAUCCGAUUAGGGCUGUUUUCACCGUUUGUUCACUCAAUCAAUUUUGGUUUUACGCAGCUACAGCCUGAACGAAACGAUUUUGCGAUUUUCCAUUUUGAAUAUACAUUUUCUUGUCAUUUGGGGCCGUUUGGAACACGUUCUGAAAGUCUGAGGCAUUGCAACGUGGGUGUAUAGAUUUAUUUCUGGUUGGUGAGUCCAUCUGAGUGAGUAGAAGGCGCUAGAGUCUGCUGCUUUGCAGCGCGCUGCGUGGAUAGGACUCCAAACUUUUCCCUGCACGUCCGUGGUAAACUUGGAUUACCUCUCUCGCUCCUCCACAUCUACUUCCUCUCUCUCAUUUCCUGUCCAACUCUCUUUGAAAAUAUGAGAGAGAUGUCACAGAUAUGACAUCAACAACAACGAUCACUUAUUGAAAUCGACAGCGAGAAGGGGUCUCACGGAAAAUGCAGAAGAGCGUGCGAUAUAAUGAGGGCCACGCUCUAUAUCUGUCGGUUGUCGCGCGCAAAGAGGGCACAAAACGCGGUAUCCUGAGCAAGAAGUCUUCGGAGAACAGUCGGUGGAACGACAAGUACUUCGCUCUCUACCAGAAUGUGCUCUUUUACUUCGACAACGACCAGAGCACGCGGCCCUCUGGGAUCUACUUGCUGGAGGGGUGCACGUGCGAGAGGGUUCCCGCGCACAAAGGCUCCACGGUCAGCAAGGAGACCGUGGACAAGCAGCAGCACUACUUCCUGGUGGUGUUUGGCCAUGACGGUCAGAAGCCUCUGGAGCUGCGGACAGAGGAGGAGUCAGACUGCAAUAAGUGGGUGGAGUAUAUCCAACAGGCCAGUUACUCUGACAUCAUCAUUGAGCGCGAGGUCCUGAUGCAGAAGUACAUCCACCUGGUCCAGAUCAUGGAGACAGAGAAGGUGGCAGCCAACCAGCUACGCACCCAGCUAGAGGACCAGGACACAGAGAUAGAGAGGCUGAAAGCAGAGAUCGUACUGUUGAAUAAGGACAAGGAAAGGAUUCUGCCUUGCCAGACUAAUCAAGAGGAGGAGGAUCCAGACAUUAAAAAGAUCAAAAAGGUCCAGAGUUUCAUGCGAGGCUGGCUGUGUCGGAGGAAGUGGAAGAUCAUUGUUCAGGACUACAUCUGUUCUCCACAAGCUGAGAACAUGAGGAAGAGGAACCACAUCGUAUUUAACAUGGUGGAGGCAGAGACAGAGUACGUAUGCCAGCUCUCUGUCCUGGUCAACUUCUUCCUCAGACCACUACGUAUGGCCGCCAGCUCCAAGAAACCUCCCAUCAGCCAUGAUGACGUCAGCAGCAUCUUCCUCAACAGUGAGACCAUCAUGUUCCUCCAUGAGAUCUUCCACCAGGGGCUGAAGGCUCGGAUAGCCAACUGGCCCACUCUGGUGCUGGCGGACCUGUUUGACAUUCUGCUGCCCAUGCUGAAUAUCUACCAGGAGUUUGUGAGGAACCACCAGUACAGCCUGCAGGUCCUGGCCAACUGUAAACAGAACAGAGACUUUGACAAGCUGCUGAAGCAGUAUGAGACUAAUACUGCCUGUGAGGAACGCAUGCUGGAGACCUUCCUCACAUACCCCAUGUUUCAGAUUCCUCGUUACAUCAUCACUCUCCAUGAGUUGCUGGCACACACACCUCAUGAGCACGUGGAGCGCAAGAGCCUGGAGUUCGCCAAGUCCAAACUAGAGGAGCUGUCGAAGAUGAUGCAUGAUGAGGUGAGCGAUACAGAGAACAUUCGUAAGAAUCUGGCCAUUGAGAGAAUGAUCGUAGAAGGUUGUGACAUAUUACUGGAUACCAGCCAGACCUUUGUCAGACAGGGCUCACUGAUCCAGCUCCCAUCCAGCAAUGAACGGGGCAUGCUCAGUAAGGUCCGUCUGGGCUCUCUGUCACUCAAGAAGGAAGGAGAGCGACAGUGUUUCCUUUUUACAAAACACUUCCUUGUCUGCACACGCACCUCCGGGGGCAAGCUGCACCUGAUCAAGCAGGGGGGGGUGUUGACCCUGAUAGAAUGUACACUUGUAGAGGAGCUGGACGCCAAUGAUGAGGACUACAAUGCAGGAAGUCAGGGCUUCAACCACCUGGAGUUUAAGAUCAUGGUGGAACUCCCUGAUGGCCCCGCCUUCUCUGUCAUCCUAUUGGCUCCCUCCCGCCAGGAGAAAGCUGGCUGGAUCAGUGACAUCAGUCAGUGUAUAGAUAAUAUCCGCUGUAAUGGCCUGAUGACCAGUGUGUUUGAGGAAAACUCUAAAGUCACUGUGCCGCACAUGAUCAAGUCGGACGCACGUCUGCACAAAGAUGAUGUGGACAUCUGCUUCAGCAAGACGCUCAACUCCUGCAAGGUCCCCCAGAUCCGCUACGCCAGCGUGGAGCGGCUGCUGGAAAGACUGACUGACCUGCGCUUCCUGUCCAUCGACUUCCUCAACACCUUCCUCCACACGUACAGGAUCUUUACUACCGCUGCUGUGGUCAUGGACAAACUGGCCGACAUAUACAAGAAACCCUUUACCUCUAUACCGGUCAGGGUUCAGUAUCACUCCUCUGAUCGUCUGUCCAUCACGUCUCUCUGUCCUGACUACAGUUUGAAGAUCACACGUCUUGCUCUGGACCAACAAGAGUCUCUGGAGUUGUUCUUUGCUACCAACCAGGGGACGUGGUGCGGCGAGCACUUCAACAACAAAUCUCCCCGUCUCUGUCGCAAGUUCUCCUCUCCUCCUCUCACCACCCCCUCCCCUGUCCACUCCCGCAAACUCUCCCUCUCCUCCCCCUUCCACUCCCGCAAACUUUCCCUCUCCUCCCCCUUCUCCUCCAAGGCAGGAGUCCUAGACCUCUCCACCCCUUCCUCCUUUGCUGCUAACUCCCCCACCUCCUACCACCCUCCCUCCUUCUCCUCCCCGUCUCCCACCUCCACCCUGGCUCCAUCAGGGUUCUCGUCCCCCCCUCCCACCUCCACCCUGGCUCCGUCAGGGUUCUCAUCCCCCCCUCCCACCUCCAACCGGGCUCCAUCAGGGUUCUCGUCCCCCCCUCCCACCUGCACGCGGGCUCCCAGCCUGCCAACAAUCCCGGGGCUCUCCAACUCCCCUCACACCACCUCUCUGGACCAUCCUCCCGGUUCUCCGGAACCUGCCCCCCCAACGUUGGAAGACGAAGGAGGAGACAUGCCGCGCAUCGACGCCUGCUGUGGGAAACUCAGACGCAGCAUCCGCAGGGCUGUUCUGGAGACCGUUUCUCUGGAGAAGUUCCUUCCAGAGUCUAACCCUCAAGUCAGCGAGGACCGAGUCCCCCUGACAGAGUCCCCCUGUCGCUCCCCCUCUACACACCGACACAUGCGAUACAGACAGUCUGGAGGUUCCACGGGGGAGAACAAUCAUGGUACGAUGUCACCAGCCUCAGCCUAUGCUAUUGCAACAGCAGCCGCCGGACACGGCAGUUCCCAGGGUUUCAAUAAUAGCGAGAGGACCUGUGACAAGGAGUUUAUCAUCCGUAGAGCUGCUACCAACAGAGUCCUCAAUGUACUGCGUCACUGGGUCUCCAAGCACUCACAGGACUUUGAGAUGAACAGUGAGCUAAAGAUGGGUGUAAUGACUCUGCUGGAGGAGGUGCUACGAGACCCCGACCUGCUGCCUCAGGAGAGGAAAGCCACUGGCAACAUAGUAAGUGCCCUUUCUCAAGAUGAUCAAGAUGAUGCUCAACUUAAGAUAGAAGACAUCCUACAGAUGGUGCAGCUUGUGCUGGGGACAGUAAAAGGCCACUCUAAAAUGUGCAGUUAUGUUUCACUAUAUUGGAUCACUCCAAUAUAUUGGUAUCACUCCGCGGCGGAGGGAUACAUCCGAGGUGAGGAUUUACAGAUUUACUCCCUUGUACACCUGUGUCAUGGCUGGGGUCCUGUAACGCACGUCGUCGGGAGAAGGAGAAGAGGACCAAGGUGCAGCGUGACGGAGUGCCCCAAAGCAGAGUGUUUUGAUUCUCUGUCUGCGAUUGAGCUGGCUGAACAGAUCACCCUGCUAGACCACAUUGUGUUCAGGAGCAUCCCUUACGAAGAGUUUCUGGGCCAGGGCUGGAUGAAGCUGGACAAGUUGGAGAGAACUCCAUACAUCAUGAAGACCAGUCAGCACUUUAAUGAUAUGAGUAACCUGGUAGCGUCUCAGAUCAUUGCCCAUACAGACGUGGGCUCCAGGGCUAACUCCAUAGAGAAGUGGUUGGCUGUGGCUGGUAUCUGUCGCUGCCUCAACAACUAUAAUGGAGUUCUGGAGAUCACCUCGGCUCUCAACCGCAGCGCCAUCUACAGGCUGAAGAAGACAUGGGCCAAAGUCUGCAAACAGACCAAGUCACUGAUGGGCAGGCUACAGAAGACAGUGUCAUCAGAAGGCCGAUUCAAGAACCUGAGAGAAACCCUAAAAAACUGCAACCCUCCGUGUGUGCCCUACCUGGGGAUGUACCUGACUGACUUGGCCUUCAUCGAAGAGGCAACACCCAACUUCACUGAGGAGGGACUCGUCAACUUCUCCAAGAUGAGGAUGAUGUCUCACAUCAUCAGAGAGAUCCGUCAGUUCCAGGGUGCGCCCUACAGGAUAGAGCACCAAGCCAAGGUUACUCAGUUCCUGCUGGAUAGGACUCUGGUGAUGGAUGAAGACACUUUGUAUGAGCUGUCCCUGAAGAUUGAACCCCGCCUCCUUCCUGGCUAAACACACAGAAACACCACACAGUUGGUUUCACUCGAGCUGGCACUUAGUGGCACUUAGUAUUUAGUAUUCUUAUUAUCAUCAGCUUGGUAACCAUGGAACGGAGAGCCCUGAGAAUCACCUGGUUUAGGGUUCUUGUUACUUUAGCAGCAUUGCCAAUGAACAACUCAUGUGAAGACGUGCCUUGCUUGUAAAUAUGUACAUAUCAAGAUGCUGCAAUAAACUGUAUUAGUGUAGUAAUAACUGUUAUAAUGAUUUCCUGAUGAUCUUGCAUACAUUUAUGCCAUUUAACAGAUGCUUUUAUCCAAAGCAACUUACAGUCAUGCGUGCAUACAUUUUAAGUAUGGGUGGUCCCAGGAAUCAAACCCACUGUCCUGGCGUUGCUAGCAUCAUGCUCUACCAACUGAGCUACAGAGGAUUCACAUUUCUCUGAAGAAGACUGAACCCAGUUAGAUUUAGGUUUGGCUGUACCUGUGACUUCGAGAGGGAGAAGUUUAGCUGGCCAGAUUAAUGGCAGCUGUGGGAAGAGACUAGUGAGGAGGGACAGUGGCUGUCUCUAUAUUGUGCUCUACUGGUGAAGUGGUGGAAGGUCAGCCUCAUAUCCAAUAGUGAUUGUGAGCAUUCCCCAAAGAUUUUUCAAAUCAAAUCAAAUGUUAUUGGUCAUAUACACGUUUUUAGCAGAUGUUAUUGCAGGUGUAGCGAAAUGCUUGUGCUUCUAGUUCCAACAG